AUGGCGCGAAUAGGAGAGGACGUGGCUACCCAUGUGGCCGAAUCAUCGGCAGAUAAGGCAAUGCAAGAACUCAAAUACUUGUGUUGUUACAAGACCUAUGUUGAUGACUUCGAAGAGGAGAAGACAAGUUUGAUUGCAAGAAGAAACAGAGUGCUUAAAGAUAUUGAAGUUGCCAGGCACCGAAACGAGAAUCAGGUUGAAGAUGAAGUCAAACUGUGGUUAGAAAGAGCCAAUGGUCUCAUAGGAGAAGACACAAAAGGAAAGAAGAAAUGGUUUGGUUUGGUCACUAAUUGCCCUUGGCAGUACAAGCGAGGGAAGGAGCUGGAAGGGAAGACGCAAAGGAUUAAACAGCUACUGUUGGAACAGAGUAACUUCGCUCGUGUUGCUCGUUCGACUGGGCUUCCAGGCAUCGAGUUCUAUUCUUCUUCAAAUUUUAUCACUUCUGAGGAUAGAAAGUUGAUCUCUCAGAAGCUGAAGGAGGCAUUGAAUGAUGACAACAAGUUUAUGAUUGGAUUGUAUGGGCUAGGUGGAACAGGGAAAACCACGAUGGCAAUAGAAGUAGGUGAAGAUGUGGGAUCAAAGUUGUUUGACAAAGUCAUCUUCAAUGUUGUGUCAAAGGAUGCAAACUUGAAAAAUAUUCGGGACAACAUUGCAAAACACUUAGAUUUUCCUUUACCUGAAGGAAAGGAUGUAUCUGAACAAGCGCAAAAAUUAUGGAAAAGAAUAGCAGAAGGUGGAGAAAAGGUACUUAUAAUACUAGAUGACAUGUGGGAAAAGCUUACACCGCAAGAUAUUGGGAUUCCUCCGGGCCGCCAUGGCAAGGGUCAUUGUGCUGUUUUGCUAACCACACGUAAUCAGAGAGUUUGUAUAGAUAUGGGUUGCCAUGAGAUUAUUGAACUCAAGGUCCUAAAUGAAGAGGAUGCAGUUAAUCUUUUGCUAUCUAAUGCUGGCAUGAGAAUAGAUGGUGCUCCCAAUGGAUUUAAGGAUGUGGCUAGAGGUAUUGUGAAGGAGUGUGGAAGUUUACCAGUGGCAAUUGUAGCAGUGGCAAGUGCACUAAAGUCUAGGCCUUUAUCAGAAUGGCGGGAUAGUUUGAAAAGACUGCAGAAUCAUGAGGGAAUUCACGAUGUUCCAGAAGAUUUAAAACUGGCUUAUAACUCUUUGAGAUUAAGCUAUGAUAAUCUUAGGAAUGAAAAUGCUCAAAAACUCUUCCUCUUGUGCUCUCUCUUCCCAGAAGAUUAUGAAAUACCUAUAGAACUUUCAACCAGGAUUGCUAUAGGUGUUGGCCUUUGUGGAGAAGCUAACAUAUACUCUGUUGCAAGAAGUCAUUUUACUCCAAUUAAAAAUGAGCUCAUAGAUUCCUGUCUGUUAUCAAAGGUUGAUAAUGAGGGUGUCAAAAUGCUUGACUUGGUUCGGAAGGUAGCUCUAUGGAUUGGAAACAAACAGGUUCAAGUAGCCAUGGAUUCCAACACAACUUUAAUGGAAAACAUUCAAUAUUCAUCUUGGAACAUAAUUGACUUUCCGAAUCAUUUUGAUGGUAAAAAACUUGAGGUUCUUUUACUUUGGAUAAAUGAUUCAAAUUCUCCUAGAGUCAAAGUUCCUGAUGCUACCUUUGAAGGGAUGGAGAACCUUAAAAUUUUGGCUUUAAUGAGUUCGUCAGAAUUGAAAAUUUCAGCUGCUUCCUUAUUUCAAUCACCUUUGUCAUUCACAAAUGUUCGAACUUUGGUUAUAAAGAAUUUCAAGUCAUUAGGAGAUAUAUCUAUUUUGGCAAAUCUAAAAAACCUUGAGAGCCUUGAAUUGAACAAUUGUUCAAUUAUUGAAUUGCCAAAAGAAAUUAAAGGAUGUCAAAAAUUGAGAUUGUUGGAGAUGGUACAAUGUUCAUUUACUGGAAGAAAUAAUCCCUUUAAAGUGAUUGGAAGUUGCUUUCAAUUAGAGGAGCUAUAUUAUGCUUCAAAUCAUGUGGAUGCUUAUUACGAGCAAAUGACAACACUUCCUACAUUGCAAAGGUAUCACAUAGAUGAUAGCAAAUAUAAAGUGGAUUUUUCAAUAUCUGGAUAUUUUGAUGCACGGGACUUAAGAGUAUACUUCUCCAAUGAAAUAUUUAAACUCCUUGUGGCAAAAGCAGAAGUUUUGAUGUUAGGAAGAGAUUAUGACUACAGAGGAUGGAAAAAUAUUGUUCCUGACAUAUUAUCUGUCAAAGAUGACAACAUGAAAGAUCAAUUAACUAGGCUCUAUUUGGAUUCUAUGAGUAAGAUAAAGUGCUUAAUCCAUACAGAGAGUCUCCGACCUGGUGUGGCUAUCUUCUCCAAGUUGGUUAAACUGACGCUUCAUUCUAUGGGUGUGACAGAACUAUGCCAUGGGCCUUAUCCUGUUGACUUUUUGAAGCAACUAAAGAAGCUGAAUUUAUCUGGAUGUGAAAAAUUGGAAGGCACGUUAUUUGAUGGCAAGCUAGAGCUACGUAAUCUGAAGGCCAUAUAUUUAUCUAAAUGUUCAAUGACAUCCCUUUUUCAUGCAUCCACAGCACAGAGCUUAAUGCAGUUAGAAAAAUUGGAAAUUGAAGGAUGUUUGAAGUUGAAAUACAUAGUAGUGGAGAUUAUGGAUGAUCAGGAUCCUAAUCAAAAGAGUCGUGAGUCCAUGUUCUCAAAAUUGAAAUAUCUCAAGCUCAUCUGUUGUUCUGAAUUAGAAUUUAUAUUGCCAAUAUGUUUUUGUGAAGACCUUCCACUACUAGGAAGUAUGAAGAUUGAAGGUUGUGAGAAACUAAAAUACGUAUUUGGGCAAUAUCCAAAGCAUAGAGAUUUGCACCAAAUGGGGAAAGAAGCCAUCCUCCAGUUGCUAGAAGUAUUGACAAUUUAUGAGGUACCGAAUUUCAUCAACAUAUAUGCAGAAUGUUAUCUCCCACGGCCUUGUUCUGAUGAAGUUCAAAAGUCAUCUCCAAGUGCAAAAGUAGACAGCAGUAGCAGUCUAUCAAGAGGUCAUCUUUGUUGCUUUUGGACAAAAUCAAAAGCCUCAACUAUACGUCACACUUCUGCUCCCAUGAACACUCAAUCAAACCAUAAUCAGGCAUUAAAGGUGAAAUAUGUUGUCAACAGAGCUCAUGGUCUUUUCACGCCACCAUUAUACCCAUAUAGAAGUUUGAGAAGCAUAAAGAUAAAUGGAUUUUCUGAGUUAAAGUCACUCUUUACAAUCCAUUGCCUCAUCAUUGAAAUUGCUGGAAAGUUGGCAGUUGAAAAUUGUGAUGCACUAGAGCACAUAGUAACAGAUGAGGAGCAUGGUCAUGAUCGUGGGAAUGUUAACUCUAUUUUCCCAAACUUACGGAAGGUUCGUGUCUAUGGCUGUAGCCACUUGGAAUACCUUUUCCCAGCUUUUUAUUCAAAAGACUUGAAACAUUUAGAAUCUGUGAGGAUCACCAAGGCUGGAAUGUUGACACGUGUCUUUGGGGAAUGCCGUGCUGAUGAGAAUCUUAAUGUUCAGGUUGAUAUUAAUCUCCCAGCUCUGAAAAGGCUAGACCUUGAUGAUUUACCAAAUAUGGUUGGCAUUUGUGCUAAAAACUAUUCUGUGAAGGAACUAUAUCUGGGAGAUAUUAGGUUGAAUGAAUGCCCACAACUUCCUUUGAAAACUUUGAUGGACUUAUUGGUUGACGGGCAUAAAAGACAAGAAGAUCUGUCAAGGAGAAAGGUAUUACCUCUUGAGAAGAAAGGUAAAUCACUUUCCAACAAGAAGGAACUGCCCAAGUUUGAAGAUAUUGGUGUGGAGCAAAAAAUUCACAUGAGCUUUCAAAAUCUUUCCGAGCUAAAAAUCCAGGGAUGCAAACAUUUGAAAUUUAUCUUCUGUGCAUCUACCUCAAGAUGGCUGGAAAAACUGAAAAGGUUACGGGUAUCUGAGUGUGAAGAGCUAGUGAGCAUUAUGGAGGAUGAAGAGAAUCACAAAAAUCCUAUGACUCCGCAUCAAGUAUGUUUCCCCGAGCUACGUGGAAUAACAGUGAAGCAUUGCAAAAGUUUGAAAUGCCUUUUUUCUGAAUCAAGUGGUAAGCUUCCACGACUUUUGUAUGUGAAUAUAGAAGAUGUCCCCCAGCUUGGGCAAGUAUUUGGAUGGAAGCAGGGAGAGGGACGGAAGCUGGUGUUGGAGAAUGUGCUUCCAAAACUAGUUGCAAUAAGACUAGUAAAACUGCCAACUCUUCAUACUAUCUGUGAUGGAAUUGAUUUUCAAACCGUGAUAAUCCGUCAUGUGCGUCAAUGUCCUGCUGUUUCUUUAAGUUCAGCUAACGAUAGCUCUGAUGAACUACUUGAAUUAGCAUUUCGAACAAUCCCCGAUGAAGACCAGUUCUACGCGUUCGAUUUGUCGGACUGGGCUUAUGAGGGUGAACAGUCAGUCGAGGAUGGAGAGGCAUCCAAGGUUAUUGAAGAAGACUCCACAGGACACAAGCGGACCAGUAUUUCUCCAAAUUUGUCGGAGAGCGAAGAGGCACCCAAGGAGGCUGUUGAAAAAGACUCCAUAGUAAAGAAGCAAAAAAGUAGCUCACCAAACUUGACAGAGAAUACAAAGACAUCAACAAAUGAAAUUGUUGAAGAACUACUUUCUGCUUCAAGUACAGCAGCAACUACAUCACCAAAGUCCGAUAGGGCACUUGGGGAGUCAUGUGAAAAGGAAUCAAAGAGGCAUCAAGAAGCACUUGGAGAACAUAUAAGUCUUCAUGAAGGUCCUCGAAGAGUUAAAGAAGCUACCAAUGAUCUCUUCCCCAAAGAAACGACUCAGAAAGUUGCGUUGGCAAUUCCACCUACUGCUACUACAGAAAUGACCUCUCCGCCGGACCCUUCAAUCUCUACUCCCGAGAAGCCUCAAAUAACAAGUUCAACUACUCACACUGAACCAAAGAGCUCACAAUCAGACCUAUUUGAUAUUUCUAUACCGACUGAAUGCGCACAAGCAAGCCUUUAG